CUGCGCCCGCUGGGGGCACACUGUACUAUGCUCCUUCCUCCAUCACUAUGCCCAGCGCUCCACCUGCCCUGCACCCUGGCCUCUUUGCCUAGGAUACUGAGCAGGGCUGGAGAUCGGGAAGUUGUCCUUCCUGGGCCAGGGCCGCUUCUGGCACUGGGAGGCUGGCAGGGGCCCCUCCCUGCCUCGGCCCUGCCGCCCCAGCCUUGGUUCCUGCUUCUGGUCUUCUCCUGGGUGCCAGUCAGGGGAGGUAUUUGGCCAGUGGGCCAGAAACCGCUUCUGGGUGGGGCGCUUUGGCUGCUCCACAGGGAAGGCGACACCAAAAGCAGAGUCCCGCCGUCUGUCUUACCCACAGGUGUCUGUACUUGGUUGGUGUGGACAUGGGCCCGAGUCCCCAGCUGUCUCCUCCCCAUGUAUGUGAGCAUCUCUCAGUCCUCCAGGUCUCCCGGCCUCCCCUUCUCUGUCUCUACCUCUCCGCCUGUGUCCUUCUGCCUCCUUCCUGCGUGGGGCUGUGUCUUGCUCCAUGGUUCCUCUUCAUUUUUCUCCCUGUCCUUCUCUGUUGGGGUGCCUUAUCCUGAGCCGCCUCCUCUCCCCACAUCCCUCUGCUCCCCUGAGCCUGGGAGACAGAAUGAGGAGACUGAUCCAGCAAGGCCCCUGGAGGUCAAGCCUGGCCUUUGCCUCAUGUUCCCAUCCCCCAGCCCCGGAAUCCCGGGUCCCCUUGACUGGGAGGAGUCCUCCGUGCCUCACUUAGAGGGUUCUGAACUCAUUCCCCAUGACAGAAAUCUUGGAAACCAAAUGCUGCUGAGAAAGGACAAAGCUUUGAGCCUCCUGCUCCUGCUUUCUGCCCAGGGAGGGAGAAGGAAGAGGAGCUGCCCACGUUCAGAACCCAGAAGAGUUGUCAUUCCCUUGCCUUCCAGAUCCCAACCCAGGAUGGGGGAAGGUCCCACAAAGUGCAAGUAGGGCCCGAGGAAGCCUCUCUGGGGCCAGGGUAGCUAAGCUCAAAGGCCAUGGGUCCUGCCAGUUCCAGGGGGGCCAUGUCUGCGCCUCUGUGUGCCCUUCCACCCACUGUGGGCUGAGGGAGGUGCAGGGCCUUCUCUGGCCCCUGCCUGAGCCUUCCCCAGGGCGGGGCAUGUGUACCUUGAGCAGGGGCAGCUGGCCACUCCCAGUUCUCACCAAGUCACCUCCCUCCCUGUACAAGGUUUGUGUCCGGAAGCCAGAUGCCAUAGUGAGGACCCUCGUCCUCCAGACUGGCUGGCGGAGCCAGGCCCCAGCAGCCCUCCUACCCUCAGAGCCUACUGAGUCUGGUGGGCAGGACUUCUCUCUGCCCUCCCAGGCCCGGCUGUGAGCUACGAACGGCUUCCUCAGGUGGCUCUUCUACCAGGCUUUUCCUUGGAUUUCUGCACCUGCCUUUCUGUCUCCUACUCCCCUAAAGCACAGUAUUUGGGAGACUAUUUAUUCAGACUCCUGGCUACGUAUUGCACAUUGGCAAGUGGCUCUGGGAUGAAGGGUGGGUGUGGGAAGGUAGAAAGGAGUUGGAGACAAGAUCCUCUUGAUUUUCCAAGAUCAAAGUCAGCCUCUUCUCCCCGUGCUUCUAGGACCUGCUUGGUUAUCGAGCAGGUCCUGGCCAGGCAGGCUCUGAGUUCUGUACUGUAACUGAGUGUAAGGGUGGGAAGACAGCUGGGCUGACUCCAAGACCUCCAUGAUGAGGCAGAGACAUGCUGCUUCCUGCCGGCCUGGGUCACCCUCUCCCCAGGACUGGUCAGCUGGUGAUUCAGCCCCUCCUGCAACCCCUUCACAACCUUGGGCCACUGCCUGGGACCCAGCAGACACUGCCCAGGACUCCUAAUGCAUUUGUUCUUCUCUGCCCCCACCCUCCCUCCUGGGACCACACUACUUGAAUCACCAUCUAAUUUGCCUUGCUGGCAGAGUUGGGUCAAGUGCCCUCUCCUUGACCUUGAGUGAAGGUCAGGAGCACAGGGACCAGGUCUUGGUUAGGCUGGGCUCCCAGCGGGACAUCUGCGGAAAGGACCUGCCCUGACAAUGUCCCUUCUCCAGAUUCUCGAGCAGAUGUCCAGGGGAGGUCCUCACAGAGCCAGAGUGCCUGAGGCUUCCUGCUUGAGAACCUGCCCCCUGGACCUUGGACACUUACAGAUUGAGCUGUAUGAAUUCAGGAGAUCUCACUCCAGAGGGUCAGAAUGUUUGCUUUUGUUUUUUUCAUCUGUUUUGUUCUUUGAAUCAGUGCUGUUGAUGACAAGUUGUUCUCCAAUAAAUCACAUGUUCUUUGCAAUGGGCA